UUCUGUGACAGGAGGCUGGCUGAGCACCUGACCAGACUUUGUUCUGUGUGGAGUCCCAUAGUACACCACCAUGUCUUCAGACCUUCUGGUUGACCUCAAUGAUGACCUUGGAGUAGAUGAUCCCCCCAGCAAUGCCCUGGACCAGCUCAAACUGUCUCCAAUGGGGGACAAGCUGUGGCCCCCAGAUGACUCCAGUAUGAGCAAGUCUGGUAAGAACCUAAAUAACAACAAGAUAACUAGUGUAAGACAUGCUGUGUCCAUAAUAAGUAUAUAGGUUAUAUAUUGUGAGCUUUUGUGAAAGAGCACAGUUAGAAAGAUAUGGCAUAUAGAAGCAUACCAGAUGGACAUCAUGAAAAUGAUCGGAGGAAGUUCAGGAGUAAAAACAAACAAAAUAUAAUUAUUGACUGUGUCCAUAAAAUGUAUAUAGUAUGUAUAAGCAUGAAGUAGAGGCCUAAGCAUUGUUGUUCACUAGUUUACUCCAAUUAGGGAAGGGAUGGUGGGGUUGGAAAGUAAUAAAGGGAAAUAUAUAUAUUUUUAAAGUAUAUGUAUGUAUAUGUGUGUGUGUGUGUGUGUGUGUGUGUGUAUAUAUAUCCUUUAAAAUAUAUAUAUAUAUAUAUAUACAUACAUAUCCUUUAAAAAUAUAUAUAUUUCCCCUCUGCAAUAUUAAAGCUGAUCUACCCCCUUAAAAAAUAAAUAAAAUAACCUAAAGGCAAAUAAAAGGACAGCUGGACCUCUCUGUGCUGUCAGAUGUGGACAGUGAGGCAACAAUGUAAAAAAUACACUUGCUGAAAUUUGAGAAUUGUUUAAAGAAUUUGUGUUCUAAAAAAGCCACCUAAAUCAUGAGAUCACUGUUUUAAAAAGCCACAUUCCUGGCAAAAUAAUGUUGGCCCUCGUAAUAUGAUAACAAUCAGCUUGUUGUAAGAUCAGCUGAGUUUUUAGAAGUGGAAUGUUGUUAUAGGACCAUUACUAUUGCUGUUAUUUCCCUAAACAUCUUUACAAUCUUAUAGUUUUACGUCAAUCUGUCUUUGGUCCAAGGGAAGAGUAAAAAAGAGCCUUCUUCACAGCCCAAUGCAGUGAGCCUUUUGUUACUCAUGUGUCGUAUUAUUACAACUUGAUUGCAUAUUGCCCUCUGAUGCAGUGUGCAUACAUUAGUUGUGUAUUCUAUUUGUAGGCGCAGUCAAAUUUCUGGUUCAUUUCCGUUUCACAGCAGAUCUCCAGCCCCUGUCUGAUUGGAGUUAGAGGGGUGGGGAUGUUGAGGACGAUGCCAUUAUUUGUGACUAAUAGAUGCAGCACCAUGAUUUAGAGUUUGAAUUAUGCUCAGAAUCAUUAUUAAUGAACAGAUGAUAAAAGAGAGAGGAACAAGGGUUCAUCUUAUGAGAUACCAAAUGAAGUGCACACUGUCUCACCCUGCCUCGGGCAACUGUACGUUACUGACUAACUCUGUGAGAAGGGCAUUGGUUUACUCAGUGUGGCCUCAGCGUGGCCUACAGAUUGCUGCUGACAGAGCACACAAUGCAGAUGUCGCAGUCGUGUGUGUGGGGUAGCUCGUACAAUGCAAUGUCUCACCAAUCUACUUAUUUCGGUAUGCAUCGAGAAGAGGCUCAAAGUGUGUUUGCAAACUCAUUCUAAGAGUGCCUGAGCAGUGAGCACAUACAGUCUGUGACGGUGCAGAUCCAAAACAUUGAGGAGUUGUGAAAUUCAGAGCGCACUGCCUGCAAAGAUAUGAGCUAGUGUGAUACGUGUGAGUUGGUUGAAUGUGUCCCUUUCCUUCUCUCUACAGAGACGGAUAUAUCCAAGCGAUUGGGGGAGGGGUCACACCUGACCUGGGACCACCCAUACUAUGAUAUUGCCAGGCAUCAGAUUGUAGAAGUAGCAGGUACGAACUUUGUCUCUACAUGUGUAGCUUAUCUGUGCUGAAUCUCAUGUUCAGUCUUGAAUCCAGUUGACACUGUUUCCUCUCUCACUCUGCUGUCAAGGUGAUGAUAACUUUGGCAGGAAGGUGAUUGUCUUCAACGCCUGUCGGAUGCCCCCUCACCACGAACUGGACCACCACAAGUUACUGAUGUGGGUGUUAUUGCUUGAGAUUAUUUAGAUUUUUUCAUCCUGUCAAAUGUCUAAUAAAUUGCUUCUUGUUGUGCUUUGAUUUCCCCCGCUGCUAAUCAAGUCAGUAGUCGUCGUUGUGUUUGUGUUUUCAUAAGUGAAGAGGAUUGACUUCCCAACUAUCAUACUAUAAUCCAGGUAUCUGAAGGCCACCCUAGACCAGUAUGUUGAGAGCGACUACACCCUCAUCUACUUCCAUAAUGGCCUCACCAGUGAGAACAAGCCAUCUCUCAGCUGGCUGAGAGACGCCUACAGAGAAUUUGACCGAAAGUGAGUCCCACCUUACCUCCAUCCAGACACUGGGGACCAUAUUCGCAAAGCACAUUUGAUAGUCUUUCACUUAUGAAUGAUGAGAUGCAAUCCAUUUCACCAGAGAUCUGAAUCUAAAAACUAAUGCCAUAAAGGAAGUGGACUUUGCCCUCACCCUUAUUUAAGUCUAUAAAAAAUACCAUGUGCUUUAUUUGCACUCAUGGCUUGACUUCUCAAACAACAAAUUAAUGAACCGAUUCAAGUUUACUUUUGCUGACUGCUCUGUUUUCUUCAGGUACAAGAAGAACAUCAAGGCACUGUACAUUGUUCACCCCACCAUGUUCAUCAAGACUCUUCUCAUCCUCUUCAAGCCUCUCAUCAGGUUAGCAUUCUAGCACCUCUGCUCUUUAUUCCUUUAACUGUAAAGUGUUUGCCGUGUGUGAUGAAUCCUUUAUUUUCUAGCUUCAAGUUUGGACGAAAGAUCAACUACAUCAACUACCUGAGUGAACUGGAGGACAUUGUUAAGUGUGAGCAGCUAGUGAUACCCACCCGGGUGCGAGAGUAAGAACAUUUCUCACACGUUACGUGUAACUACUGUAUCUCAACAUUGGCAAUGAAUUAGUCACUCUUGCGUAAUGGAUGUCUAUUUGUGAUAUCUGACUAUAUUAUUAAGUGCAUUACUCUGCUUUCUCUUACCCAAAUUGUUAGCUAUGAUGAAAAAAUCAGAGCCUCACUGAAACCAUCAGUUCAGGCCCAGAUGUCCCCCCCUCGCAGUCCACCACUGCCCAAUCAACAGUUUGGAGUCCCCUUGCCAACGUAGGUAGCUGGAUGAGGGCUGUGGUAUUUUACUCUACUUCCUCAAUAUCCGACCUUAAUGUUACGUACGUAAGAUAUUCUCCUGUGGAUGUUUCAAAGAUUUUAAGUGUUUUGUUCUUGUUUAUUUGUGAAGGCUAAGAGCGAGAAGUUCUGACAACGGAGCAGUUCCAUUAGUGAUGCGAGACACAGUGGUCUUCUUAAUGGAACAAGGUAUGCACCAUUCUUUCAGAUUUUACCAGUGGUCAUUUUGCUUGAUGAUGAUUGGUUACAUUUUUGAGUCUUUGUUCUGAGGUUCAGUUUUUGGACAAUUCCAAUUUCAUGGAUUGGUAUUUGACUUGCAAAACAAGGCUAAUUCUGCUAUUUUAUUCUGUUUUACAAAAGGUUUUGUUUUCAUGGUUUCCCCCAUUUUCUGUCCUGUCUUAGGUCUUGAAAUUGAGGGGAUAUUCCGGCGGUCAGCCAACGUGACCCUCGUUAGGGAUGUUCAGCACAGAUAUAACUCAGGUGAAUGAUUUGCACUCAUUGUUACUCUUAAAUGAAUGUCUAAAAAUGAUGUCCGUUCAUGAAAUCCGUUCAUCCCUGGGUAGACCUAAUUAUCUCUUUGGCUGUAGCUGUGGGAUUUGUAUGACUCUGUUAUUGUGUGCGUCUGUGGCUCCAGGUGAGGAGGUGAGUUUUUCCCAGAUGGAGGACGUUCACUUGGCAGCUGUCAUCCUCAAGACUUUCCUCAGAGAACUACCAGAGCCCCUCCUCACAUACCAGCUCUACAAUGACAUUGUCAACUUCCACAGUAAGUCUGGGGAAGACUCUCUUACCCUCCACACGGUAGAGGAUGGGGAUCUAUUUUUAGGUCUGUUACUAUAGCUAUUCAAAAUAUCACUAUCGCUGUCAAUUUGUUUUGUAGGUCGUAAUCCUUAGAGGAUAGUUCUAAGUCAUAGCCACGUUACGUAAAGGGUUUAUUUGUUAUGCUCAUUGCUCAGAUGUUGACAGCAGUUCCCACGUGACUGCGAUCCGGAACAUGCUGGCAAUGCUCCCUGAGGAGAACUACGCCUCCCUGAAGUUCCUCAUUGAGUUCCUGGUGCAGGUAUGUUUGCUGUCAUAUCCCCAGCUGAAUACUUAUCAGAAGCUCGGCAAACACUCCUGUUACACAGGCCUGUUAUUCUAUGGUUCUGUCUAAAUAGGCAUCGAUCUUGGCAUUUAGUAUUGCCUGGUGACACUGGCCCUCACCAGUUUGUGUAAAUUAAUCAGUGAGUUGUUUUGUUCUUAUUGAUAUUCUUCUACAAACAUGCAUGCUUGCCCAUGUAGGUGUCCGCACAGAGUGAGAUCAACAAGAUGAACAACGCCAACCUGGCAGUGGUGUUCGGACCCAACCUGCUAUGGGGACAAGAUGCUGCCAUGACACUCAGUGCCAUCGGCCCCAUCAAUAACUUCACCAGAACUCUGUUGGACCAACACUACAAGGUAUUUUCACCCUAAGACGACUCCUGACAGCUAUCUCUAACCAUGCCCCAUUCAUUCGGUGUUUAAAUCCCCAUCUCUGACCCUGUCUCUGUAUUGGUCUAGUACUGUUUAACUGUAUCUCUCCCAGUGCCCCUAGUAGUGUUGCCAAAUGCAUGAGUGUAUUGUGACUGAGGACACAGAGAGAAAAAAAGACAGGGGAGACGAAGCGUUGAAGAUGCCAAAAGUCAGGUUAGAAGUCAGGUAUGAAGGCUUUAAUGUCUCUCCCAGAUAUCUAUCACUCAGGAAAAGUUCAACACAGGGUACAUGAUUUGGUACUUUAAAACAAUUGGAACAAUCUAAACCAGUUCACAUCUGUUUUGGUUUGAAUCAUAUCAAAUAUUUAUUUUGAUGGUACAGAUUUCAGAGAACAUUUAUGCAAUGUUUUGUAUCUGGGGAGCAAUAUGUAUUUCAUAUUCAUUUACUUUAUGUCUAGUCCUAUUUGCAUUGGAACAAAUCAUAAAUGAUCGGUCGCUACAGUCAGUGAGCCAGUGUACUCCAGUAUUCGAUGUAGUCUAAACUAUAUCAGGAGUUUUAUAUUUUGAAACAUCUUAUUUAAGAAUCAUGGUUAUGUGUAAAGCUACAGUAUAUAGCUAAAUAAAACCUUAAGAGUAUGUGUAUUUACGUUUAUAAAAAAAUGUUUGUCACAUAGCGCCUUACUUUUUUUAAAUGUGUACUCAUCUGACAAAACAUUCUGGUAUACCCUUUAAACAUUUCCAGCAAGCCUUUGUUUGUUUGUUUCUGCUGCAUUACAUUUGUCAAGUCUUCAUUUUUGAUAAUUUGUACAGGUCAACUAUUUAAAAAAAAAACCUCUAAUAGUCUUAAUCAUGUAACUUCUACAUUUCAUGUUAUGCCUGAUUAGCUUUCUCAAUGCAGGACAGUGUUUUCAUGAUACAUAUUCUACUUUAAUUAGUGUAUUAUUACACUCGACUAAUGGCAGUUAGCAGUUAUUCAUUGAAAAUCACUAUCCAGCUGUAAAGACUGAUGGCUAGUGCCAUUUCUGGUGAAAGAUCUUCAUGAAGCCUUAAAGUCAGUAGGGGGACAUAGAAGGGCUCCUAAUCAUGGAUAGACUGAAAUGCUGUGUACUUACAGACCCAGGGGGCUCUCAGGCCAUACGGUAUUUCUGUUUCUUCUGUAUGGUGAGUUGUGUUGUUUUUCAGCCUUAUUUUGCUAAUUUUAUUACGUCCGUUGUUUUUGUUCAGUUCCAAAUUCAACUCAACCAAAUAAUUAUGGUUGCAUUGGAGAACACAAAGAUUUUUUUAUAUAUUUUUUACCUUAAAACAUAAAUUUUUUCCAUUUGCAAUGGCCAAACCUUUGGGGGUACAACUCCUGUACUCUGUAAUCCUGAAUGACUUUGUACUGAAAAUAUCCUGAACAAGAACAGUGCUAAUGUUAAGACUGAAUAAGUAAGAGUUAUGUUGUGCUUCUAUGUUUUGUCUAUUAUUAAAAUGAAUUUGUUUACUGUGUAUGAAAACUUCCUAAUCAUGUCAAUGAAACAAUUGCAGUGACAUGCGGAUCAGUGGCUUAGUAGAACCUUUAUGACCCCAUUUGCGUCUGUGUGCCUUAAGGAAACAAACAGGCAAGUAACUACCAACUCCUCCACUUGUCAUAUCUUGUGAAAAUUGUGCCCGUUUAUCCACCUUUACUGUACUGUUUAUCUGUAUUGUCAAAUAAUAGUAUUUCCUGGUUGCUACAGUGAAAAAUGAAAUUUCUCUUUAAGAGUAUUUCUCGGUUCUAGGUAUUUUACUGCAAUCUUACUUUCAAGAUCUUUUUUUAUAUGUUGUGGAUAUAAAGUAUAAAUAAAAGGUUAUGGUUAAAAGUG